UAGCUUUGUCGUGAAACAAGCGUUACGACAAUAUGACGUCACCACUCAAUUCAUUUUUGGUAAAUAAUGGUCCACCCUCUACUUUUGUGGAAUAUUCAUCUCUUACCGUUUGUUUGAUUUGUUUUAUUGCGUAGCCGGGUUUCGAAAUCGCGUCCGAGAAUUUCUGUACUCAUGGCCAAACGCUUGAGUCCUACCAUUCACUCAUGUUUUGCGUGACUUGCUUCAUCGAUUGUGAUGCUAACGACUUUCAUAAAGGCUCGCCUGUUCAACAUCGUGGAUUAGCGAACCUCGACUACACCUUCAUAGUUGCAGCCUCCAGCUGGCAAACGACCCGUUUAAGAUGUCGGCACAAAAAGAUUGCGAGUUUUUGGUGAAGAGAGCGCGGGAGCUGGUGUCGGAAGACCCGUGUGCGGCUAAAGCUUGGCUCAUCACAGCCAGGACCCUGUACCCUGCAGACUUCAACAUCCAGUAUGAAAUGUACAAUAUUGAACGCAACUCGGAAAAGACAACGUGUGCUGGGAGACUACUGUACGACAUGUUCAUGAACUUUCCAGAUCAGCCAAUAGUGUGGCGAGAGAUUAGUGUCAUCACUGCUGCCCUUCGAAGUGAUUCACAAGACAAACAUUCACAGUUUUUGCGAGGUCUGUUUGAAACUCUGCCUGGCCGAAUACAGUGCGAGAUGUUACUGAAAGCCACGGAACAAUGUUUCAACACUUUGGAAAAGGCAGAAAUGCUGCUGCUACUUCUGAAGCGCUUUCCAGAGUCUGUGGUCCAACAUGGGGUCAGUCUUGGUGAGACACUGUUGGAAGCAGAGGCAUCAGAGAAUAUGGAGACGCCUGUAAACUGCUUCAGAAAACUGUUUGUUUGCGAUGUUCUCCCUCUGGUAAUUAACAACAUGGACAUGCGUCUGCCAGUGACUCUGAUGCAGAAGUACAUGCUGAAGGCAGCCGAAUUCUACAUUUGUUAUGUGACUCGAGGACCAUCACAAGAUGGACAGAUGCAUGGUUCCCAGGACGGCGGCUCACUGAAGUCUCCCAGUGUGUCUCGCGGAUCACAGCGUUAUGUGAUAGAUGGGCUGUCAGAAAAGUCGUCAGUGGUCACCGAACCGUGGGAGAAGCUGCUGGACAUCCUGACUGUGGUGGGGGCUCGCUGCGAGUGGCAGGGAGACGUCGGACAGAGGAGCUUUGUGGACAUGCUACAGAGAGUUAAAGAGCUCUGUCGCUACCGACCAGCGCUUGAGGCAGACGGACGCUCCCGUGGUUGGAGUCAGGUGGUCAUCUGUGCCACGCUCGUCCUCUUCCGCAGCGCCUUCCUCUACGUCUCGUCUGUGCAGCCUGCGCUGUUCCAGGGUUUGAACGCGCUGAGUUCCGGCCCGUGGAUUCUGGUGGAGGAUUUGAGUUCUGUGUACAUGGACAUUGAAGUGGAGAGAGGAGCAGUGAAGCAUUCACACAAGAAACGCAAACUGGCAGAAGGCAGGGAGAAGACAGUGAGCUCCGAUGACGAGGACGGGCUGGGGAAAGGUCGCGGUCGACUCAUAAUGGUGAAUAAGACGGAGAUGCCGGGUUGGUCCGAGACUCUGGAGAGCUUCUGCACAGCCAGAGAAAGUUGGGAGCUCCUUCACUCCCACGACGGACUAGAGAGCGAAUUCAAGAAAAUUUGUGCAUCGUGGAAGACAGAGAAUUGGUUGUGGUUCCGGAUCUUCCUCACAGACAUGAUCAUAUAUCAGGGUCAGUAUCGUAAGGCCCUGUCCAGUCUGCACCAGAUGGCCUCAGUUCAGCAGUCUCAGUUGGGCCUGCCGAGUCCCUCAGGUCAGACCAGUUUGGAGCAGCACAGAGCGCUGAUCCAGCAGGCGUCCUGCCACUACGCCCUCGGAGAACACAGAAUGGCCUGUGAAAAACUCCUGGACCUGGUCAGCGGACUCAUCCCACCCAACCAGGAGCCGGCAAGGUCCACUGAAGAUCAGUGUAAAGUCCGAGGAGGCAAACUGAGGAAAGCCAACGACCUCCGGUUGCUGCCCUGCACCAGUAAAGCCAUUGUGCCCUUCUGUCUCCAGAUGAUGUUGGCCUGCUUCAAGCCUCGAGCGUUUGCCGACAAUCGAGAUGACCUGUCCCUGGGUCAUGUGGUCGUGCUGCUGCAGUACGAUUGGCCGCAAGGUGAGAUGCUGUUUCUGAAGGCGGUGGACAAGAUCUGUCAGCAGGGUGCCUUCCAGUACGAGAACUUCUUCAACUACGUCACCAACAUCGACAUGCUGGAGGAGUUUGCGUACCUGCGGACACCAGAAGGAGGCCGGAUCCAGCUGGAGCUGCUGCCCAACCAGGGAAUGCUCAUCAAGAACCCCAAUCCCGCCCUGGGGGUGGACUUAAAUACCCUUCUUCUACAAGGGGUGCAGACCAUGGACAGGCAUCACACCGUCACCCGAGGGAUCACCAAAGGAGUGAAGGAGGACUUUCGUCUGGCCAUGGAGCGACAGGUGUCGCGCUGUGGAGAGAACCUGCUCAGCGUCCUGCAUCGGUUCUGCAUCAACGAGAAAAUCAUCAUCAUCCAGUCGCUCCCCUGAGGUGCUGAUUGUACAAACAAGACUUUGAUACAAAAACGUAAACAAUUGCUUUUUCUUAACUUGUACAAACUCGUGACGCAUAUUGUUUUGUUUCUUUUUUAAUGUUGUCCAUGACCAGUGUGUCCAAAUGUUUGGAUAUUUUGUUAAAAUAAAUUCCCUUGUCACACGAAGGUUUUGUUUGUGACUGAUAUUCACGGUUAAUUUUAACUGUCACUCCAUUAUAAAUAGUCACGUGGAGUCACAUCUGUCGUCCCUCUAAAUUCUUUGAGUUUUAUAUAUAAAAAACAA